GUGUUAUUAAACACAUGUGGGAAUCGGGCGCUCUGAUUGGACGGGAGAUCGUAUGUGGGCGUGACCUAUGGAGAAUUCUGCAAGAACACAAACACAGCCCACAGGAGCGAGAGAAACACAGAGAAAGUAACCUAUACAUCUGUAUAAGCGCUGCAUUUAAAUAGCUUUGUUCUGUAUCGAUCUAGAUGACAAAUUAAACACGCAAAACCCGAUGAGAUGCAAUUAUGCUCGUGCACUCUGUAAAUAAUAAUAAUAUUGAGAUGAUAUUGCGUCUUGUGUUAUUUCUCCUGUGUGCGCGUGCUUGAUGCAACAGCGUUACGUUGUUCAGCUUGAUACUGAUAUAGAGACGUAAGAAAAGUGAGACAUGGGAUCGAAGCUGACCAGGCAGGGUAGUUUGGACAGCCAGUCGACUUUCUUUCGGAGGGGACACCAGCAUCACGAGCGCUCCGAAGACGCGGAGAAGAUGAGCAGAAGAAGAGGAAGAGGAGAGUUGUUGUUCAGUUCAAUGAUGCUCAGAUCGGACAAGCUGCCCGGGAUGCUGCGCAGAUCCAGAAGUCCCAGUCCGUAUGUGCGGAGAGUGGCUUGGGUUCGGGAGAUCCAAACCCAGCUGAAAGAGCAAAAGGUGGAACAAGCCAUCGACGUGUUGAAACUGCUUAGAAAGGACUUGGGUCUUGAGGGAACAUCUCUUAAUGAGAUCCUCUACAAAAAUGCCGCCUUCCUCAACCUGGUGGAUCCGAUAUCCCACGAGCUCCUUCUCAAUUUGGCCCGGGACAUGCAGUGUCCGAAACGGGAUUCUGAUGCUCUCAAGUCCUCUGAGAAGAUCUGCAGACAGCUCAUCUAUCACCUGACCCCACACUCCAAGUGGACCAAACAGAACGUGCCCAGGAGAAAGUCUCAGGCCUGCCUUAAAACUACACUGACAAAGAAAUUAGCCAAUGAUACAGUGGAUUUGUCUGGUAUCGCUCUCUCUGGCCGUGAUUUGCAUCGUGUGGCAUAUUACCUUCAGAACAACGGUUCAUCAGUGACAGCAGUGGACCUCAGCUUCACAGAGCUCUUGGACGAAAGCCUGCGACUUCUUUUACCAUUUUUAGGGGUGCUACCCAAACUCUCCACACUUGCCGUCAACGGUAACCGAUUGACUGUAGCUAUUCUUAAAGAUCUGAUAGAGAUGGUCAAGGACCCCAAGAGGUUUCCCAGUUUGGCCUGGGUGGACCUAGGCAACAAUGUGGACAUCUUUACUGUGCCCCAGCCAUUGUUGGUCGCUCUACGCCGACGAUUUGGAUUGAGGAGCAGCCUGCCUACCAUUUAUGAGUACAGUGAAGGCCACAGCAGUAGCUACUACCUAGAGACAUCUACUGAAGAAAUAAGUGUGUUUGAGGAGAAAGAACAGGAUGAAGACGACGCAAUGGAUGAUCAUUUGGUUCAGGAGACCUGGAAUGUAGAGGAGAAGAAUGAGACCAUUACGUUGCAUUUCUGUGAAAGAUGAUGGGACGUAGUUCCUAACUCUUCUUAUCAUCCUAGUUUUCACAAACUAAACCACUCCAAUUUCACAAAUCCUUGAAGGAGCAAUGUGCUAAUAAACAGAAUGACCUUGUAAAAUCAAGAGUCAAGAGGAGAAUGGUAGACGAGAAUGGAUGAAAUAAAACUCUUUCACUCCAAUGUCUCAAACACACAAUUCACAUGCCUGACUUUGUUCUUAAUCUUAAUGCUAUAACAAGCAGAGUCUGUCCCAUUUUCCUCCAAUGUUGCAAUCCAACCAUGAAGAGAGUCAAACAGGACAAAAACUUUCAAAUGUUUAGCCCUUGGAACAUUUCACAUAUAAGGCGUUAACUACGACCCGUGAACCCGAACCAUUUUUGCCCCCCACAUCGGCAGCUCCUGGGCCUCUGAUGUAAAACUUUAAAGUUGACAGAUAUGGCCAAAUGAUUGCCUCUAGGACGGCUUUCAUCCAGGGUCGAUUUGCCUCAAUUAGAGAGGAGCUGAGAGCAGAUAGAGGUGAGAGAUGAGAAUUAAAGGGCUGAAAUGUGUGUGCGUGUAUGAUCGUAUGUAUGUGUGUGUAUGUUGUUAUAUAGAAGCUUAUGAGCUCAUUAGAUAGCAGACACAUGGACAGCCAAGAGACUAGCAACGCUAGACAUCCAAUGUGAUUAUUUUUUUAAUAAAUCUCACACAGUUUGCAAUGAGAAAUGACAUUCUUGAUAAAAUAAAGACACCUGGCACUAUUCAGUGCACACGUACCAUGUAUCAUAUGUGUUCAAAUUUUUACAGAGAUGUUUAUGUCACAAACAACAGAAUCUAAUGUUUCACAAUGCUGUGUGUAUAUGUGUGUGCGAAUACAUGAGUGCUUUACAGUACAUGUGACCUUUUUAUGCUGCCCUUUGCUCCACAGGUGGUACCUACGUGGUUUCCUUUACAGACAGUCUGUCUGGGUUGCACUUUACAUGGUAGGCUUUUCCUGUGGCUGGUCAUCUCCAGUAUUUGACCUUUCAGGCUUAGUAGAUUCCUGUUUAUGACUCCAGCAUCCAGCAUGUGUGACUUUUGGCUUAAAGCACCUAUAGAGGAUUUCUUCGGCAUUAACUAUUUUAUAUAUACAUAUA